CCGUAGCAGCAGCUCACUGACUGCGGUUCCCUUCACCCAAAUCCACAAUCCAAGUCUCGCGCGCUGCAUUCUGUUCUGUUCUGGUAAAUGGUAAUGUACGAGCAAAUGGUCCAAGUUAGCGGAUACGUUAUCAUUAGUUGUCUAAAAGUUGUGUACUCUUUUGUCUCUACCUUCCUUCCUUAUUCUGCCGUUGCCAGAUUCGCUGCUCGGUCGCGUGGCUGUCAUUUUCCUUUUCUUUUGGGUCCCUUUUUCGACCUCAUAUUAAAGUCGAGCGCUUUUUAACAAUCUAUCUAGUUCUACCCAUAAAAAUCUGAAACGGAAUCGCGUAUUCUUCUCUGUUUUCGUUACAGUGGAAAGUAUGGCUAAGUUAUGGGCUCUUCUUCUUCUCGCCGUUUUAGCUUCUUCCACAGCCGGCAGGGUGAUCUCCAGGACGACCAAAGAUGGAUCGGAAGUGUGGGGUUACGAGAAAGUCCGACCCAAAGCUCACAUGUUCUGGUGGCUGUACAAGAGCCCCUACAGGGUGGAAGAUCCUUCGAAGCCAUGGCCAACCAUUCUCUGGCUCCAAGGUGGACCUGGAGCUUCAGGAGUAGCGAUUGGGAAUUUCCAGGAAGUCGGCCCACUUGACACCAAUCUCAAGCCCAGGAACUCAACCUGGCUCGCCGUCGCCGAUCUGCUCUUCGUGGAUUCGCCGGUGGGGACGGGCUACAGUUUCGUGGAAGAAGACGGGGCACUGGUGAAGACGGACGUCGAAGCGGCGGCCGAUUUGACGGUGCUGCUGCAGAACUUGUGCAACAGAGACGAGAAGCUGCAGAGCAGUCCUCUGUACAUCGUGGCGGAAUCUUACGGCGGCAAAUUCGCCGUCACGUUGGGUUUGUCUGCACUGAAAGCCAUUGAAGCCGGGAAAUUGAAGGCCAAGCUCGGCGGAAUAGCGCUGGGAGACAGCUGGAUCUCCCCUGAAGAUUUCGUGCUCUCUUGGGGUCCCCUGUUGGGCUCUGUUUCUCGCCUCGACACCAAUGGCGUCAAAUUAGUCAACAAAUUGGCGGAGGGGAUAAAGCAGCAGAUUAGCGAGGAAAAGUUCUUGGAAGCGACGGAUGCUUGGGGUCGCCUAGAAGGAGUGGUUUCUGAUUACUCCAACAAUGUGGAUUUCUAUAAUUUCAUGCUGGAUUCCGGUAUGGAUCCGGUGUCCAUGAUGACGACAACCACCACGACGACGGCGGCGGAGCUUUUGCUGGGGAAGACGAGGAGGAGCUACGCCAGGUACUUGAGCUCGCCGGGGGAAGAUGGGGUCGACAUUGACACAUUGAUGAAUGGUGUUAUCAAGAAGAAGCUUGGGAUUAUCCCUGAAAAGCUUCAAUGGGGAGGGCAGUCGGGAUCUGUGUUCAAUAGCAUGGCGGGUGAUUUUAUGAACCCAAGGAUUAACGAGGUGGAUGAACUCUUGGCCAAAGGUGUCAACGUGACUAUAUACAAUGGGCAGCUGGACGUAAUCUGUGCAACAAAAGGGACAGAAGCUUGGGUGCAAAAGCUCAAGUGGAAAGAGCUUUCGAACUUCACAGCAACAAGGAGAAGUGCUCUGUACUGUGGCGAAGGUGGGACGAAGGGAUUCCUUAAAUCCUACAAGAACCUUCACUUCUAUUGGAUCCUUGGAGCCGGCCAUUUCAUUCCAGUGGACCAACCUUGCGUUGCACUGAACAUGGCUCGUGAGAUCACGCAGUCGCCGGCGUCUCCCGUGGUUGGAGUCCCGAUUCGCAGACUGUAAGAAAGGGAAGUGAUGGGAUCGUCGGAAAGCCGGCCGGGAUCAUGGGGAGAAAAACACAUGUAAAUAAGGAUAUAAGGAAAUUAUUGAAAUCCGGCUAAUGUCGUACUGUCCUUUCAAUUCUUCGGCAGAAUAGCCAUUCAUGAUCAUAUCUGUAUUCUAUUCAUUAAUCGAAUAAUAUCCGCUACAAAUAUAUGAUCGUUUUGAUCCCAAUAACUCGAGUUAUUGGGAGAGGUUCAAUCGUAGAUCAUAUAUCACAACACUAACACCCGGAAGGUUUGGCGACACUAAAAUUUGAAGGUGUACCUUCAUUAAUUAUCGUUCUCUUAUUACAUCAAACAGUGUGGUGGACCGUCAAACGUACGUCAUUUCUCAGUCGGCAGGCUCUUGAGAGUUGAGACUUUGACUUUCAGAAGACUCAUUUCUUUUCAAAAGGGUCCUGUCCUAUCCAUUGAGGGGGAAUUGGGAAGUAUUACCGUAGGGUCAAAUAUUUGCUUUGGGAGGCCAAUUACAGUGUACUAAUUAAGUCAGUCACUUCAGAAGCAACAUGCAAUUGUCACAUGCACAAUGUCUACGUUAACCCAACAAGGACAGAUAUCAUGGCGGCAAAGGCAAUACAUAGGAGCUUUUGUAUUGAAAUAGUUAGGAGAAUGAUAAUCGUAUAACUAUAGCUUAACAAAUAGUGUAUUGAGAUAAUGCCUAUAUUUAACCCGGCUUUUAGAAGUGCUUUUCGGCUUUCAAAAGCUGAAGCAGGGCCAAACACCUCUAAAAGCUCGGCUUUUGAAAAGCCGAAAAACAAUUUUGUAUAACAUAAAAGCAGAAGCUCCGAUUUGGAGCUUCUGCGAAAAGCUGUUUUUGAAAAUACAAGAUUAUCCUUAUCAUAUUUUAAUUUUACUUCAGAAAAUAUAAUUUUCCUUCAUUUAUAUCAUUUUAAAAAUAAAAUAAAUUAUAAAAUCAUAUUCUUUAAUAUAAAAGAAAUCUAACAAGACCCAUUUUGACUACUUUUUAUUGUUUGGAAUUUUUUUUUAUUUUAUAUUUUAAGUCCUUUAUAGUCAUUUUACACAACCGCUUAUAUUAAAAAACACUUCUAUUAGUUUUACUGUCAAACAGUAAACUGCUUUUUUAAAAAAAUACUUAUCUAAAAGCUCCAGUCAGAAGCUACUUCUGCAAAAGCUACGGCAGGGCCAAACGAAGCUAAUGUAAUUUUAAAAUAAGAUUAUGUGGUCCAAUGGUAGUGAUGAGUAACUGGUGGACUGGUGGUAGCUUUUCACUCGACCUCAACUGCUCAGAGGUUCAGGAACCCAACCAGAAAAAAGCCUGGCCCAGUUAUGGCUUUACGUAUUACCGACCCAUCACAUUUGCCCACACGCAAUCUCAAUUUCAGACAUACAGGACCGUAACAGGGCCCAUAAACCCAGUUGGAAAGGGUGAAAAUACAGUUCCAACUUCAAUUGAUGUACAAUAUCGCCACAUAGUUAUUUCUCUACUUAACGCCCAUUUGAAUUGAAGAACUAAUUUAACGUAUCGGAUGGUAAUGGCAAUUUGAAUUUAUUUCGUCGGGAAUUAUCCGACUGAUCUACGCUGGGUGGAUAACACUCGAUUCGUUGUAGUAACAGGUGGAGCAUGGCUACUACUUUUACUCUAUUUCAGUUCGUCACGUGCCACUUCCAUUUGUCUCAAUAUCUAUUUUUAUUGAUCCUAUUUUGAUUUAAAAACUUCUUUAACUUCAACUUUGGUUUGAUGCUAACUUAUAUCUUUCACCCCAAUGAUAUUUUUUAAAUAAGUGUAAGACUUCAUUUUUUCAACUAGUUGAAUUCAAUUAAUAUAUACCUAUUAUCUCUAUUUAUUUUUAUGAAUUUCGAAUUUGAAAUUUCAAAAUACAAACAUUUCAAAAACACACACUCAUUAAAAAUGAAUGAAUAAGGAUUACAUUAGUUU